UGAUUUCGGCAGACACGAGAACGCAGCAGAGAGAGAGAAGAGGGGGGUAGAGUGGCGAGUGAGUGCAAAGGGGCAGGACUUUUUUUCUCUCCUCUAUUAAGAGGAAACUUUUGUGUUUUGUUCUCCAAGUUCAGCUCGGUCCUCAAGCCCUGUUCUCCGCUGCUCCUUUCUUACAUCUCCGCGGCGUCUUUUCUUCCAUUCCCUCCGAUGCCUUCAUUUUUCAGAGUUUUUACACUUUUCAUGGGAAUUCUGGAUAUCGAGACCAUGCGCAUUCAAACGGGACCUGUUCUGAAAAUUGUUUGUUCUUCGUUUCCAUUACUGUUUUAGUUGGAAUAUAAAUGUUUCGCCGUGCACUGCUUGUUUUGGGGUAAAGAUGACCCGUGUAUUUUGUGCUUUUGCUGGAGUCAUGUUGGUGUUUCGGAUUCUUUUGCUGUGCAUCGUGGAGUUGCAUACGGGCUGCGAUGCGGUGCUCGCCGCCGGUCUCUCCACGUUCAGGGCUUUCGCUCCACCUGCAAAAGAGGGUGUUGUGCGGACCGUCGAUCGGAUUUACCAUGGAGGUGGGAAGGUUGGUUACCUACUCUACAUGGACGGGAGAAGGUUUCAGUUAGAUAUGGAGAGGGAUGAGUCAAUUCUGUCACAUCACUUCAGUCCGAAAUAUGUGAUGGCCCUGAUGGGAGCGGGAGAAAGCGCCGCGCCUCUGCACCGGGAGUGUGUGUACCGGGGAACCGUGGACUCCAACCCCAAGUCCCUGGCGGUUUUCAGCCUCUGUGGUGGGGGUCUAGAGGGCUUUUUCGCUUUGAAACACGCACGCUACACAAUCACACCCCUCAUCCGAGCCAUGGGACACGAUAGCGACGUGCGUUCGCUGGAUGACAAGGAUGCAGAGAGCGCUCUCCACUACUUCACGCAGGAGAGUUUCAGCUUCGAAGCCAUGCCUGUGAGCGAGAGCUGUGGGACCAAGGAAGGGCGUGGGCGCAUGGAUGCAUCGAGGAAACACCGGCGUAAGGGCAGAGAGAACGGGAAACGCGACCCGCACGGUGUCACCCUGGACAGGGGCAAGGAGCGAAGCAGAGUGCACGGCAGAAGAUGGUGGAAGCAAUUCUCCAAACCUGCCUCUCCGCCCUCAUUGGGAAGUCGGCGCAAGAGGUCAGUUUCGCGCGCCAGGCACGUGGAGCUUCUGCUGGUCGCUGACGAGUCCAUGUCCAAGAAGUACGGCAAGGACCUGCACCACUACCUGCUCACGCUGGCCUCCAUCGCUUCCAAGUUGUACGGCCAUGCCAGCAUCGAGAACCCCAUCCGUCUGUCCGUUGUGAAGGUGACCAUGGUCACGGAGAAGGAGAAGGGGUUGGAGGUGUCCAAGAACGCUGCCGCCACGCUCAAGAGCUUCUGCAAGUGGCAGAACCAGCAAAACCCACUGGACGACGACAACCAGCACCACCACGACGCCGCCAUCCUCUUCACCAGGCAGGACCUGUGUGGGCACCACUCGUGUGACACACUGGGCAUGGCCGACGUUGGCACCAUCUGCUCACCAGAGAGGAGCUGUGCCGUCAUAGAGGACGACGGACUCCAUGCCGCCUUCACCGUGGCACACGAGAUAGGUCACUUGCUGGGCCUGUCCCACGACGACUCCAAGUUCUGCGAAGAGCGUUUCGGAGCCAGCGCGGACAAGCGUCUCAUGUCAUCCAUCCUGACCUCCAUCGACGCCUCCAAACCCUGGAGCCGCUGCACCUCAGCUACCAUCACUGACUUCUUUGACGAUGGCAAUGCCGAGUGUCUCCUGGACCCUCCUCGCCAGCCCAUGCUCGGCUCAGAGGAGCUGCCCGGCCAGAGCUACGACGCCGUGCGCCAGUGCCGCCUGGCAUUUGGGCCUGAGUACACGGUCUGCCCGGGCAUGGACGUGUGCGCCCGCCUGUGGUGUGCAGUGAUACGCCAGGGCCAGAUGGUGUGCCUUACCAAGAAGCUGCCCGCCGUGGAGGGCACGCCGUGUGGCAAGGGCCGCAUCUGCCUCCAGGGCAAGUGCGUGGACAAGACCCGCAAGAGACACUACUCGGCAUCUAACCAUGGUAGUUGGAGUUCGUGGGGUCCAUGGGGGGCAUGUUCCAGGACGUGUGGUGGAGGGGUGCAGUUCGCCCAGCGUCUAUGUAACAACCCGCCGCCCCGAAACAAUGGGCGCUACUGCACCGGCAAGCGAGCCAUCUACAGGUCCUGCAGUGCCAACCCGUGCCCCUCGCCCAGUAAGACUUUCCGCCAGGAGCAGUGUGAGGUGCGGAACGGCCCCCAGACAGACCCUAAGGGGAUGAAGACCUUUGUGGAGUGGGUACCCAAGUUCGCAGGAGUGCUCCCCAAAGAUGUGUGCAAGCUGACAUGCCGGGCCAAGGGCACAGGCUACUAUGUGGUGUUCUCGCAGAGGGUGGUGGACGGGACAGAAUGUCGGCCGUACAGCAGCUCAGUGUGUGUGAAGGGCAAGUGUGUGCGUACCGGCUGUGACGGCAUCAUCGGCUCCAAGCUGCAGUUUGACAAGUGUGGCAUCUGUGGAGGGGACAGCACUGGCUGCAUCAGAGUGAUAGGCAACUUCACCAAGAAGAGUAAGGGCUACACAGACGUUGUGAAGAUCCCAGAGGGCUCCACCCACAUCAAGGUCCGCCAGCACAAGCCCAAGGAUCAGCCCCAGUACACAGCCUACCUGGCCCUGCGUCGUCCCGGUGGCGACUACCUCCUCAACGGCAAGUUCAUGAUCUCUACCUCAGAGACAGUCAUCCCCCUCAACGGCUCAGUGCUCAACUACAGUGGCUGGAGCCAGCGGGAUGAGUGGCUACACAGCAUGGGCCCUGGGGCCCUCAGAGAGGCCCUUACAGUUCAGAUUCUGGCCACGGACGCCAAGAGGCCCCUGGAUAUCCGCUACAGCUUCUUCAUGCCCCGUCGGGUUUCGGCUCCACCACCGCCACCUCCCCCGCACACCUCCACAUCCACAUCCACCACCACUACUACUACAACAACCACCUCUACAAGAUCAAGCAGUAGAACCACAUCGGCCCCGUUUUCGGCCAUGGCUCUCUCUACAGCCCCAGGGGUGUCGACGGCGGCUUCUGGGCCCCAGUGGGUGACUGGCCCCUGGAUGAUCUGCUCCAGGACUUGUGACAUGGGCUGGCAGAGCCGCACGGUGCAGUGCAAGGACCCGCAGGCCAAGCUGGUCAAGGGUUGCCCUCUGGGGGACCGCCCCUCCGCCUUCAAACAAUGCCUAGUGAGAAAGUGUUGAAAGGACCAGAAACUAGACUCCCCUGAAAGUAGGAGGUACACACAGACAGAGACGCUGGUUAUUGACAGUCAACCCCUCCUCUUCCUUACCCCCCAACCUACUAUGCCAAGCCCUGCUUGGCACAGCUACAGACAUACGAGGGAUACAUGUGGACACUUCCGAAUAGUGCAGCCGCCCAAUCAACAACCGCCCACUUGCCAAAUCCCUCCUCUAUCUGAAGGUUUCGUUUGUAUUCCUCUGUUAAUGACACAUUUUGUUUGCUUUUCUGUAUGUUCUUGCUACUGUGGGUUUUUCAUGAUUGUCCGCUUUGUCUCUUUGUCUUGUGUGACUGCACACCUCUGGACAAUGGGCCUCCAUACUAGUCUGAUGCGUGGCACUUUUUCUCCACUUCCCUUCGGGGUCCCCUUUUUCUUCUUGCUCCUCCCAUGGCCGAUUCUCCACAUACGAUUGGUCUAUCCAACUGCCUGUUUGGAUUGCGGACCAGGAAGUAGGCUGGGGGCACAAGCAAGAGCAACCAAUCCGUACUGUAACCAGUCCAGAAAUGGGAUUGAACUGCACUGCAAACAUCCUAGGUCAGAAAAUGGACAUACAGUGAUGGAGUGAGUUGGGGCAGAGUUGUGUCCAACAGCUAGUGCUGAGCGAUUAACCUAAAUUGUGUUUAUUAUUUUGGUUUUUAAACAACUAAUUGACAGACUUCGUUUCAAUUAUUUGAAUUUCAUUUAGUUAUGUUUUUUUCUGUGAACUCAAUGCGCACAUUAGUUUCUCUAGAAAUAAAUCAACUGAAUCCCGAACUGUGCGAUGUAGUUGUAGGGAGUUGUAGUUUCCAACAGGCCAAUAUUCAAAAUAAUUUAGUGCAGAAAACAUGCUGAUUAACUACAAUGAUCAUAAUCGAUUGCGUGCGUACUUGUCCGGUCUGUGUCUUUCUUUUAUGCCUGCUACAUUAGGUUAGUACAGAAGAAUGCUGUCUUGGUGUGUUUGGACCAUUCUAGUUUGUUGUUGAUGUGGACACCAAGGAAUUUGAAACUCUCAACCUGCUCCACUACAGCCCCAUCGAUGAGAAUAGGGACAUGCUCGGUGCUCCUUUUCCUGUAGUCCACAAUCACCUCCUUAGUCUUGGUUACAU